GCUGGCAUCCUGUUAAGUCUUAAAGUAAAACAAAGUGAUAUUUUGUUACUUAACAGGACAGCCACAUGAAGACCUGCUGAGGGUCAUUACAUUCAUUUACAUUUGUUUCGGUUACUCGAUUUGAGUGUGUGUUUGUGACAUAGACUGUAGGUCUGUUGGCAGUGGUGGAAAGUGACUAAGUAGCUUAUAUUUAAGUACAAAUUCAAGGUAGGCCUAAGGGUUCGUUACUUGGUUAUUUACGUUUAAUGUUUGUACAGGUCUUCAUUUGAAGUGGCAUUGUCCACUACACCUCAGGAGUAAAUAUAGUAGGCUACUAUUUUGUACCACAUUUGUGUCUCAACUUUAGUUACUUUCCAGGUUUUCAUACACUUUAUCUAAAGGAUAAAGUGUUUCCUUUAUGGGUUGAGGACCUCUUAAGUUAAAUAAAGCAUAUCAAAAGCACUACAGCUGAACAAUGCAUUGUUUGUAACAAAGCUGAAAACUGGACUGGACACAAAGAUACAUUGAUUAUAUAAAGGAGGUAACUUUAACACAACAUCUACAGCAAUAAAAUGCAACUUACACAUUAAUUCAGGUGUUAUAUAUUGAUCCAAAAACAUCAUAUAUAAUGAGUUUAACUUUAAGUACAUUUGGCUAAACACUUACAUACCACUUCUUAAGUAAGGCUUGAACGCAUGACUUUGACUUGUAGUUGAGUAUUUUCACAUGGCGGUGUUAGUACUGAAUACUUGUUCUACCGAUGUUUGUGAAGAAUGAGUUUGAUGUGCCUGGUACUGCCUGGCGCUGCUGCUGCUGCAGAUAAACCCUCUCAAGGUAUUUUAAUGAGCAGACAGUUAGAGCAUUGGCAGCCAGUAACUUUAAAGAAACAUGGUGCCAAAAUAACUGAUCAUAUUAUUUUAUUCUAAUGUGCACGUCAUUAUUGUGCUGCUGCACCCUUUCUAGUUUAUGGUAUGCACACAACCGGAUUUCUCCAAGGAGCCUCUGUGUUGGACAGCUGCCCAGGGUGGGUCUUCCACUUCUCCCUGGGAAAGGAUUACAGCUUUUAGUGUUUGCUGGUCUGACUCCCACCGCGGGACAAAAUGCCAAAAGGUAUUACGGUAGAUUAAGGUUUAGUUAUACUUGAUCUAAAAAGCAAAGCCUCAUUGAGAUAAAACAUCCCUUUCAAGAGUCCUUGCCUAAACAUGUAAAAAUACAGACAGACAAUUCAAGACAGAUGAUAUAAAGAAUUGCCGCAAAAUCUAAAUUAGAAAUGCAAUUAUAAAAUCAUGAAUAUAAUUGUUUUAAAUACAAUCAUGUCAUUAUUUAUCUGCUGAUUGUUUUCAAGAUAAAUUGAUUAAUAUUUGUAUAUAGAACAUUUUGGAAAAUAGUAAAUAAGCUUCAUCCUGGUUCUCAAAGUCCAAGGUGAUGACUUUUUGUCCGUCCAAAACCCCAAAUAUUCAGUUUGAUACGAUAUGAAACAGAGAAAAGCAGGACAUCUCCCCAUGCAAAGGACAUUAAGAAUAAUAUGUAUCUGUCAAUCAACUUGAGUACAAUUGACAAGUGUUUUACCUUUAGCAUUAUCACACAUACAUAAAAACAAUUGAUUACUCUCUUGCAACAAUAUGAUGUAAAUACCUAGUGGAACACAUACUUUAAAAUAGACUACAAAUAGACCUACAUUUUAAUUUAGAAUAAUAAAGACAAACAAACAAUGUCUCUCUGAUACUGUUCACAAUCUGAGAUAGAAAACGACAUUACUUCACUGUGAUUCAGCCGUUAAAACAAGAAAUAUCAAAAAACUAAAAUGAUAUCUAUUCUAAUAUCUGAUGACAAUGUAAUAUUGAUGUAUAGCGCUGCUAGUAUUUAAAUGCAGUACAAUUAAGUAGGUAAGUACUAGAUUUUAAUUUGGGAGGCCUCCACGAAUGAACUUUUAAUUAGAUUAAACCUGUUUCAGUUUGUUCAGUUUCUGUUGCUAGUUUCUAAUUUGUAUUAAGUGAUUGUGGUAGAUGCAAUUUCUUGUGAAAGCGCAACACACCUCCACACAUCCUGCAAGUUGAAAUGUCAGGAUGAUCGUAAAUGAUGUGUAGCUGUUGGUUUUGUAAUAGGCAAACCCUAACCCUUUGUUGUUUUUAAUGAAACGAAUAACUUUAAGAUAAGUGUUACACAGAUAUUUGGGAGGCCCUUUCCUAUGAAGGCAGAACUGUACUAUGUGACACCUUAAUCUGACAGAGCCUCGUUUGUUUUCUGUUAAAAGGCUGUGGGAAACCUGAGACUGCCCAAUGGCAUUUACUCUUAAUCCGAAUGAGUUUAACCUCCACAAUUUGAGAGAUUUACAGUAUGUCAGGUAUAUUCCUCUGUUCUGCACUGCAGCUGUAACUCUCAGGAAAUUGUUCUCAGGCUGGGUGCACACAUUUUUAACUUCAAUUUUACAAUUGUUCAUAUUAAGUUUUUUUUAAAGUUGUAUAUAUUGUGCGACACUCAUCAAGUGUUACAUUGAAUUAUUGAAGAAAACGUGUUUUUCCUAGCAUGCCUCUACGGUGAAUGAAAAUGUUCUUUCAGAAAUCAAGGAUAACAAAGGGUUAGUGUUUGAUACGUUUGUUUUAUAGAUCUUAUAUAAUUCUUCCUUAAUUAAGGACUCAAGCAAUAUCACAGGUUCUCAACAGAAAAGAACAAAACAUAGUUAUAUAUACAAUAGAACACAAAACUCAGAGCUCAACAAAGACAAAAUAACACAAACUAAAACAAGAAGCACAGGAUUAUUCCUGACUGCAUGAAUGGUCCCUUUUUGAAAAAAUGGUCUCGGUUUGGGUUGAAAAUAAACCCAGUCAGGAUCCAGUUUGAGUUCUGGAGGCAAGGGUUAAAACUCCCUAUUUUCGUCCCGAACAGAAGAAGCUGUUUGUCAUAAUGAGUAUUCACAUCAGGAUUAUAAUUCCUGAUGGAUGCUCCAUGUGUUACUGAGCCUGAAGACAUGAUGGUUGUGUAGGUAUCUAUAGAUGCAUUUCAGUUGAGCAAAUGUAAUAAAAUGAUCAGAACUUAAUUUAUAAAAACAUGGCAAUGAUGUGAUCUUGUUAGCUUCCUGACCAACAUUGUAAUUGCUGGUUUGUAUAUAAUCACAAGAGGCUUGGUUAUUGCAGAUGUGGCUUGUCCAAGGUGUUGCACAAUCAACUAAUUGCGAAAGAAAAGUCAUACAUUUCAUGAAAGUAUUUGCAUUAUGAAAUAAUAGGCAUUCUCUUCAAAGUCUAACUGAAUGUGUUUGCUUUUACAACCUUGCCAACCAUUUUAACAUGCUCCUUAAAAACGUAUUUUAUAACAUAUGUACCACUUGUGUGGGUAUUUGGCUUUAUGAUAUUACUGUUUUUCCUGCUGCGUAAUCAAUCGCCCCUUUAGGGACACAUUAAGUUCUGCUUGACUCAAAUUGAAAGGUAAAUGAAACCCAGUAAAUAGGUUAAUAGACUUAACGUUUUUUUUGUUAACCACACUAUAUGUAUUCUUGCGCAACAUAUCAGAUUGUACUCCGUCAUCAGAGCUUGCUUUCCCUUCCCAGCUGCUAGGACUGGAAGAGGUAGCUUUAGCACCACACUGUGUAACAUACUAGACAUGUGCAUGAACAUUUGCUUUUCAUUAGAACAUUUGGCUUUUCAGGAGAUAGUGCUUUUUCUUGUUUCCGAUUGGAGCUUAAUGAGAAGUCAUCAGAUGAACCUGAUAGUAGUCUGCAGAAGUUUGCUGACACAAUCUGCAUCUCUUGCAGUGUGGUUUUGCUCGGCUGUGUAACUUGUGUGACCUGUUUUUAAAUGACACAGAAAUCAUUUACUGACUCAAGUUUUGGAGUCAGGCUGUUUUAAUAACAAUAUCAGUAAGUUGGGCAACAAGUCAGUGAUGCAGACGCUUUGACUUGUUAUGGCAGGAAAUAAUACUCAAUACAAUUCAGCAGGACUACAGAUUACGGUUUACAGGAAGAUCAUAAAGUUUAGUAGUAAAACUAAAAAACAGUGCUUAACAAGGUACAAAAUGGCAGACAAACGUUUAAAAAGCAAAGGAGCUUCAAACGGUAUGAGAAAAGGUACCACUAACAAAAUAGAAAUAACACAAAUAAUUAAAAAGAUCAAUAAUCAAAAGUUAAGAGGAUGCCUUUACAGAUAAAUGGGUUCAUGACAGUUACAAGUGAACAUUUCAACAAAAAGUGAACAUUAGACCCAUCAUGAAGGUAGUGUUUAUUGCAGGUUUGAUAUAUUGGGCUGCGUAGUUUUAAUUAGCUUUCAAUAGAUUUGUAGUAGGCCCCUUAAAUUGGGAGAUAAGAGGAAAUGUUACAGGAAGUUGUGAGUUUAAUGCUAAUAAACCAUUUUACUCAUAUGUGUAUAUAAAGUUGUGUAGUGUUACAAAUCUUUAACUGAGUGGGUUUGAUGGUAAUCAUUUCCUUUAAAAAAAAAAAAAAGAUUUUUGAAAGCAUUCAAAAACCGUUAUGAAGAGCUUUACGACAGGAUGGAGAGAGUAAACAUCAAAAACUAAAGGAACCUAAAACACAAUUAAUACUUUUUUCAGAGUUUCAGCUUUUGUUGCAAUGUCAAUAGCAACUGACCCAGCUUGAGCUUGUUUUGGCACCCCCGAAAGAAGGACCUAAAGCGUUAUAGAGAUAUAAGUAAAACCUUAAUGUUAACUUUAAUGUACCAGCUACGAGCAGGAAUGUUGACUUCAUCAUUUGGGGCUCCUUGUUCUCUUUGCAGCCGUUUCCGUCAAAGUGCAUUCAUCAUGGAUCUCGAUAUAGCACGAGACCUUAAGCUACUUAUGGCUCCAGAUAAAGGGUUCAGGGGGGGUCACAGUGAAAGAAUGUAGGACUUGUCUGCUGAGUUUUCUACGAGCUGGUCAUAUGAUACAUCUGCACUUUCUUUUCAAUGUUUUGACUGUAGUAAGUCGUCCAUGUCAAAUGAAAAUGUCUCAUUUAUUAGAUUUCAUAGUGUGCUGAAUUACUUCAACCGUUACUCCAAAAUGUGUAGAGCAGCAAGCGACUGAUUUCUAGAGACACAUUACUUCUGCUUUCUUGUCGUGCUGAUCGUGAGUACAUACUUGAGUGUUGUCUGUGGCUGGAGAGGGACAGAGGGAUUUAAAAAGCUUCCUGUUACUGUGUCAACAAGAUAACAUGGCUCCUAUGUUACACACAUACCCCUGCAAUGUCAUAAACUAUACAAAGAUACAUUUGGAGGGUUAGGGAUGUUUUGAAAAGUGUACAAAAUGUUAUGUAUACAGGAUUGAAUGAAGAUUAUACUCCACCCCCACAGCAGUACUUUUGCUGAUGCCAUGGGGUACAUGGAAAAUGUUGGAGAAGCUCAACUAAGUAGACAUAAUAGCAAUAAAAACAAACCACAAGAGUCGGCCGUAUUACAUGAACACCAUUAGUAAGAGGCUGUAAAAACGAUUAACAACCAAGUUGUAUUUAUCUUGAGUUUUGUUUCCCAUUAUGGUUAACUACUGAUGUGCUGUGACUAUACAGUAAGGACAUGAUUAACAUAAAGAAUAUAAAUUAAAGUAUGUGAAAUUAUUACUUCAGACAUGACGUUUGCUUUUUAUGUCAAUCCAUUAGUCAGCAACAUUUAGGAAUUGCAUAAUUAUUUUGUAAUUCAUUUGUAUCUUUCGUAGACGUCACAGCUGCGACUUCAUCAGUCAGAACAGAUCGAGCAUUCUACAAAAAAUUAAACUCUCACGAUGUCGGAUGGAGAGUAUGAUUACCUCAUAAAGUUCCUAGCCCUCGGUGACUCUGGAGUGGGGAAAACUAGCUUCCUCUACCAAUACACAGACUGCAAGUUCAACUCCAAGUUCAUCACCACAGUGGGAAUAGACUUCAGAGAAAAAAGAGUGGUUUACAAAUCAACAAAUCCAGAUGGAUCUCCAGGUCGAGGACAGAAGAUCCACAUGCAGCUGUGGGACACUGCGGGACAGGAGAGGUUUCGGAGUUUGACGACGGCGUUCUUUAGAGAUGCAAUGGGUUUCCUCCUCCUGUUUGACCUCACAAAUGAACAAAGUUUCCUCAACGUCAGAAACUGGAUGAGUCAGUUACAGAUCCACGCAUACUGCGAAAAUCCAGACAUUGUUUUGUGUGGCAACAAAUGUGACUUGUCGGAUCAGAGAGCAGUCCGUGAGGAAGAGGCCCGUGAGCUGGCGGAGAAGUACGGAAUCCCUUACUUUGAGACAAGUGCUUCAAACGGGCUUAACGUGAACAUGGCCGUGGACGUCCUGCUGGAUCUCAUCAUGAAGAGAAUGGAACGAUGUGUUGACAAGUCCUGGAUCCCUGAUGGGACCGUCAGAGCUAAUGGACCCAGCAACCCAGACCUCUCAGAGGCCUCUGAUAAGAGCAAAUGUGCAUGUUAGACUCAAUUACGAACGUUACAUGUUUGUGUCCAUAAUACUGUUGAAAAAAUAGGAAGAUAUCCAAGUUAAGCAGUUGAAGAAUACAUAUGCAUAUUGUCAAAUAUUUAAGGUGAAACAAUAUUUAUCUUUAUUGCCCCACAGAGUAGUGCUUUGCUAUACAUAUAUAAAGUACAGAAGUGUAUUAGGUCCAGGCAUGAGAGCAAAUACAUUAGAGGAAGAUAUUGAUUUGUUGUUUUUAGGGAAAAUGUUGUGAAUUAAAUUGAAAUGUCAGGAAAAAGUUAGUCAUAUAUAUGAAUCCUACAUUUUAACUUUAUUCUCAACAUUUUUGCCUUUAUUCAUGAAAUGCUAAAUAGAUUAAAUAAAACAUCUUAUUCCCAAGCCUGCCCAUAAUACACCUCCAUAGAAAAGUGCUUUUUGAAUGUGGGCGUUUAAUUUAAAUUCAUUUAACAUGGUCUUUUCAAAAAAUAUAUAUUAAUAUUGGAGUGUGGGAUAUUUAUUUCUAAUGAUGUCUAGCUGGAAAUGUCAUCAUUUGGAUGCUGAUCAUGUUUUCAGGUAUAAAUGUUGUGCUUCAAGUUGCAUCAAAGUGAGCUGCCCUGCCAAAUGUGCUAUAAGAAUACUUCUAACACUCUUCACUUGCUGUAAGAUAAGUGUAGAUUCACACUGCGAUUAAGAAAGGAGUCACUUUGUACAGUCAGAUGAAUGUUGACUGAUGCCUGCAGUCACGGUGUAUUGGGAUUUGCUAUGGAUAUACUUUUAGGAAGCUUAUUGAUGUUGUGCUUAGUGUCCUUCUGAAGAAUGCAAGAUUGCCCUGCAACAGCCAGUAAACACGUUGCUCACAUUGUCCGACUGAAAUUUACUAGAAGGACAAUUAACACUUGUUUAUUUGUUCCUAAAUCAACGUUUGUGCUUGUUUUUCUUAAAACCUUGAUAAUAGAAUACAGUUUGUCUUCGUCAUCAAAAUUUCAUUAUAAUCAGCAACUGGUUCUGCCAAUGAUUGCAAAAAUUAAGUCUCAGUAUAAAUAUAAAAUUGUGGAAAAAGUAAAACAAAUAGUUUAAUAUAUUUGAAAGUAAGACAUUUCAAUGAACAUUUUUGCUGUAGCUUUUGUGAACAUGCAAGUAACAUGCAAAACAUUAUUUUUCAAUAUUCACCUGUAAGGAUUUCUGUAGUUUUAGAGUAUUCAGGAUGUUGCUCAGCCGAGAUCCUACAUACUGCUAUGCCAAGGCCCCGGAUGAUAACAUGUGGAUAACAAGAAUAUAUCACCUGAAAACAAAGACCACCUUUGCUAGUGUCAGGAUUCUCCUAGCAGAUGCUAUGUUUUUAAAGAGUGGGACAACUGUUUAGGCCAUCUACUAAUUACACAUAUGCGGCAUGCAUCAGGAUUAUUAUGUAUUCAAGUUCUGAUUGCAAUGAAAAGAACUGCUACAUACCAUCUUACCCUCAGUAUAUUUUUGGAUGUAGACCUACUGAGGGUUACAUAAUUAGAGACAUAAAAGAGAGAUCUUUAAAGAACCUGCUUAGCCUUGGUUUUGUAUUGGCAAGUUUGAUAAGAAUAGCAAUAAACAAACAUUUCAGUUUACUUAUGGUGUUGAUUUUUAAAUCAUUAUGCUUACCCCUUCAGAUCCUUUAAAGUUUCAUAGAUUUAUAAUACGACUGAUAUUUAAUUAAGAGUAUCUAAACUUAGUAAAACACUGAAAUGGUAUUGUGACAUGUAUGUUUUUGUUUUACACACACAUGGACAUUAUUUUUAUUAAUUGUAAAGGCUAAAAGUGAUGUUUUAGUUAAGACACAAACAGCUAAAGUUGAAUUUGAUUAUAAUAUGAGUAUGACUGCUGAUUAAUUUCAUAUUUUAAAGUGUGCCAUACUUAUUCAUAUGCAAAAUGUAUAUCAUGUGUGAAAUAAACUGUUUUAUUUAUGUA